CCCACAAUACGGAUUAUACAGCGGCGUUUGGUGAGAUAUAAGAGACUCUGCUUCGAGUAAUCAGCACUCACUCCUCUCAUAGGAAGAAGAAGCACUGCACAUCCAACCCACACAAGAACAUCAACAUGAAGGGACUUCAGCUUUUGUUUGUCUGCUGUCUGGCAGCUGCUGCCUUACCACAAGAUAAAAAGGAAGGUAAUACCAGAUUCUUCGGAGGACUAAAUCAAGGCUUUGGUGGAGGUUUCGGCGGUGUUGGUCCAGGAUUUGGAGGUGGAGUUAACCCAGGCUUUGGAGGAGGCGUCGGAGGAGUUUCCAACACCUGCAGACGAUGGUGCCGAACUCCCGAGGGACAGGCAUACUGCUGCGAGAGCAACAAUGAGCCUGACACCAUUCCCUUCGUGAAGCCAGGUGUAUGCCCUCCCGUUCGCCCUCAGUGCCCACCAGUCAGGAGCUUUGCCCCUCCUCAGACAUGCUCCAACGACAGCAAGUGCGGAGGUAUCGACAAAUGCUGCUACGACAGGUGUCUCGAGGAGCACGUGUGCAAACCCCCAGUUGGGUCUUCCGGCUUUGGAGGAUUCGGAUUUGGAAGAUAAUCCUGAUCAUUCUUUGAAGGAUUACCAUUGCCAGUUUUAAUACUAUUAUUUAUUUUCUAUUGAAAAUGCCAAAGAUAUCAGACAUCAAUAAAUAUUCAU